AUGGCUACUUCUGCCAUGAAUAUUGUAGCACCAGAUGUUCUAGGAACAACCCAAGAUGACGGCAAUCCAAAACCCCAUAUAGAAAAACCAAUCAAAACCAAAAACUGGCUGAUGAUCAUUAUAAAUUGUGCCUUUGCUAUUUGUGGUGCAAUAGGUGGUCCUCUCUUAAUGCGACUGUACUAUCUUCAUGGUGGUAAUCGUAUAUGGCUUAGUAGUUUUAUUGCAUCUGCUGGUUUUCCAAUUCUCAUAUUUCCUCUCAUGUUUCUCUUCAUUCGCUCGAAAUCAUCCGCCGAUAAAAUUUCAUCUUCUUUUUGGAUGGAACACAAGUUGUUUCUUUGGGGUGCCAUACUUGGGAUUCUGUAUGGUCUUGUUACUUUCAUGUACGCAUUGGGUUUAUCCUAUAUUCCACAAAAAUUCACAGCUUUCAUCAUAAAUGCGGUGGUUGUAACGACACUUGGAUCAGUGUUGUUGGGUGUUAAUGCCAAUGGUGAUAGGCCAAUUGGUGUAUCAAAAGCUCAGUACUGUUUGGGGUUUCUUACGACUUUGGCGGCUGCGGCUUUACUUGGGUUAAUGAUGCCCCUAAUUGAACUUGCAUACACUAAAGCAACUAAAAACAUUACUUGCUCAAUUUUGCUGCAGUUCCAGUUCAUUCUUUCCGUUUUCUCAACCAUCGUUUGCGUCAUUGGUAUGCUAGUCAACAAGGAUUUUCAGGCUAUACCUAGAGAAGCAAAUGAUUUUGGACUUGGCAAAGCCAACUACUAUAUCAUAAUGGUCGUGACCGCAAUAACAUGGCAAUUGUCAGGUGUUGGAACCAUGGGCGUAAUCUUCUACGCGAGUGCUCUUUUCAACGGUAUACUCGGAUCAGUUCUAAUCCCAUUAACAGGAAUAGUAGCCGUGAUAUUUUACCAUGAAGGUGUUAGAAAAAGCGGGUUUUUUGUUUUAAAACCAAAUAUGCAUGGACUAUGUUUUGAUCCCUAG